AUGAGGAUUGUCUCAAAAUCUCAACCUCACCUCACGUUCCACCAGUACCUCCUGGACAACCUCGUCCGGGACCUCAUGUUCCACCAGUACGAAACGACGCGCUACUACCAUAUCGCCACAGUUCUUCCUCCUGAUGUGGCCAGCGAGAUCUCGCACGUCUUCUCCAACCCCUCGGGCACUACGCCAUAUCAGUACCUUAAGACCAAGGUGCUGGAGCGAUUCAUGCCGUCAGAACGCGCCCGCCUCCAGCAGCCCCUUGCAGAGGGGGACGUUGGUGACGGGCGCCCCUCCAAAGUGCUGCGCCGAAUGCGGCAGCUUCUCGGGCAGCGCGACGUCUCUAUCAACUCAGCGUUGCUUCGCGAGCUCUUCUUCCAAAGUCUGUCCCAGCCAUUCCGCCUCGUCCUCGUGGCGGCCGGCGACGUCAACCUCGAUCGACUGGCGGAGCUUGCCGAUCAGGCUCAUGAAGCGACCUUCUCAUCCGUUACGGCUGUCUUACCACCUGAAGACAUAGCAAUUUCGCGUCCUGAGGCCCGUAUCGACGAGCUCGCCGCCUCAGUCGCCGCAAUCCAGAGUCCUCUUCAGGAUACCCUUGUCUUUUCACUCUCGGAAACUACUUCCUGCUGA